AGCGCAUUCGGCCCAAGUGACUACACAAAUAUUGAUUGACUGUGUGUGCAUUUUUCCCCGGCCCUGGCUCAGAGAGGACCCGAAGCGAUGUAUGCUAGUCCAGCGCAAGGAUUCCUUCCACAAGAGCCGGUUGCGUCGCUGGCGUCAUUUGCGUACGCGGGAGCUCCGGGUGCUCCCGUGGUCAUUCCGUCGCCGAUGCCCGCGCGGACUUCCACAGGCUCCGUUGCUCGAGUCGAGGUCAGGUGAACGGCCAUGCGAUGAACGCGAAAAGUGCAGGUCGCAGGGUGUUGCGGUUGCUACGGCAUUUCAAGGUUCUUCUCGGUGUGCUUGAACGCUCGUCGCAAACAUUUGCAAAGUAUUUCCAGCUCAUCAAAGCGCACUGUGAUACAACACUGAUCAACAAACCUGCAGCUGUAAGACAGCUCAACGGCAAGCUUUUUCCCUUCAUUGUGGAGGCAUUCCAACGACACGACAAAGAUGGGGACGGAGUGCUCAACAAAUCAGAAGCUAACAUUUUCUUUUCACUCUUUGUGUCUGAGAGGUUAGGCUUCGUGCACGCUGCCCGGGGCCUCGUGACGCAAUACACAGGAGACGCGGAGAAGGCUUCCGCCCAGAUCUUGUUGUACCAGAGGCACAAGGACACCAUGGACAGCAAGGCCUUUGAGGUGUUUGACUCCAAUGAAGAUGGCUACCUUCAGCUUCAUGAGGCCGUCUCAGCCAUGUCCAUAGGCAGUGAGAAGAAUGAAGCCCUGUUGAAGGCCUUUGGGUUGCGAGCCGACGACACAGAUGACGACACAACGUAUUGGGCGGACCAUUAUGCCUAACGGACGAUGAUGAAGAAGGAGGUUGGCCUGAGCCUGGCGAUCCCGAUGAGGCAUAAGCCCGCCUUGGUCUGGUCAAGAACACGGCGCAAGGCAAGCGGCGCCAGACCAGUGACGCCAUUUGUGUGACGAUGUGGCCACGGGCCAAGCCCGUCGUGAUGCCAUCCACGCGUUAAAAUCAUUAAAAAACAGCAGCGAGGUUGUUUUAACUCAGUU